GGGAGGAAAAGGCUGGAUGGCUUGAGGGAACAAAGAGGGCAGAGCAAAGCGUGAGCCAGCGGAAGAAGAGAAACAGAUCCCGAACUGCUUGAUCAAGCUACAAAAAAGAGAGGAGGGAAGAUCAGUAAAGCAUUCAGGGUUUCCUAAGGAACUGUUCAAGCCGGCAAAGACAUUAGAUAUGAAAAUGCCAUGGCCAAAGCUGCUCUUUUUAGUUUCUGCUUCUUUCUUGUCUGCCAAAGGUGUUGCUGUCAGUCGGGUGGAAGAGAAAGAAGCUCUGGAGUACCUGAUGCAGUUUGGUUACCUUCAUAAGCCUCUGGAACAAGUCACAGGUUAUUUUACAAAAGAAGAGAUUGCAAAUGCUGUGAGGUCCUUCCAGAUGGCCUCAGGGCUGCCUGUGACUGGUCAAGUGGAUUCAGCAACCCUCACCCAGAUACGGCAGCCCCGCUGUGGGGUUGAGGAUCCCUUCAAUGAGAGAACCUUCAAAUAUCAACUUUUGGGUCGCUGGCGCAAGAAGCAUCUAACGUACCGGGUCCACAGCUACAGUGAGGACUUGGGGGCUGCAGCUACACGCACAGCCAUCCAGGCUGCUUUCAAGUACUGGAGCGACGUGGCACAACUGACCUUUCAGGAGGUGCGGGCCGGCCGUGCUGACAUCCGCCUCUCCUUCCAUGGUUCAACUCCUUGGGGCUGCUCGCGGCCCUUCGAUGGGAAUGGACAUGUGCUGGCCCAUGCCGACAUCCCCGAAUUAGGCACAGUUCACUUUGAUUCCGAUGAGGACUGGACUGAGGGGACCCCACGCGGGGUCAACCUGCGCAUCAUUGCUGCCCACGAAAUCGGCCACGCGCUGGGACUAGGUCAUUCUCGGCACCCGGCUGCACUGAUGGCACCCACCUACACCGGGUAUCAGACACGCUUCCGCCUGCACCCUGAUGACAUCAAAGGCAUUCAGGCCCUCUACGGCAAAAGAACUAUGCCAACAACAACAACAGCAACAGUGACCUCUGCUCUCACCACUCAUCCUGCCACCUCCUUGCGGCCCAGUAAAGUCCCUGAUCCAUGUAAAGAUGGGCUAGAUGCCAUUAUGCUGGGACCAUAUGACAAGACUUAUGCCUUCCGUGGGGAUUAUGUGUGGACAGUGACAGACUUUGGUGCCAACCCACCUUUGAAGAUCCAAUCUCUAUGGAAGGGGUUGCCCGGAUGGCUGGACGCUGCUGUGCAUUCUCCCCGUACUGGGCGCACCUAUUUCUUCAAAGGUUCUAAACUGUGGCGUUACCGGGGUUUCAAAAUGGAUCCGGGCUAUCCAAAACUCCUCACCCGUAUCCCACCCAAGAUAGAUGCUGCUGUUUACUGGGCAAGAAACAAGAAGCUCUUCUUCUUUAAGGGUACCGAAUACUGGCAAUGGGAUGAACUGGGCUGGAGUCCUUUCACCUCCCACGCAAGGAAGAUCUCCAGCCUUUUCAGUGGGGCCCCAUCUCACCUGGACGCUGCAUUCACCUGGGAAAACGGCAAGAUGUACCUUUUCAAGGGACAGAAAUACUGGCGGCUCAACGACCAGCUGCGAGUGGAGAGGGGCUACCCACUGAGUACAACUGAACGCUGGAUGAACUGCUAACACCACCCACCAAUGGCCAAGAAUGUUCUCUGGGACUUGGAGCAAGUGGCAACUAAGCGUACACUAAAGCAGUGGAGGUUUUUUAAAAAACAGACCCAACAGCUACCCCUAGAGGUGGCUUGUAUGAACUACAUCUGCUCUGGAAAGGACCGAGUGGAAGAUGCGGAGACGGAAAAUAAUUCGAUCUUUUCUCUCCUCUUUUUUUGUAAUGCCAGCGUCUGUAAUGCCAGCGUCUGUAAGCACCCCAUUUCCUUUGGCAUCAGCAUGAAUGGCAGCAGGGGCUAGCUGGUUUCAGCAAGAAACAAGGGUGCAUGGGUGAUAGGGAAACUCGUUUAAGAGUCCGUUGUUCUUAAGAGCAAUGAACGGGAUGUGAUAGAAGCACCAUGUGUGUGCUCAUCUCUCAUCAGAAAACAGUGCAGGUUUUUGGAGCAACACAUUAACAGCCCCCCCCCCCCUUUAUAUACCAUAAAGGGCUAGGCAUUUUUAAGGCAGGCUAAAACUUCACCAAAAGGCACCGGAAUCCACAGGCUCCUGCAAAACAUACGGACACCUUUUCUCCCCAUGUUUGCAGAUAGUAGUACAGAACCAGCAGGAUAUUACAUAUUGAGUAGCAUGGAACACCAUUGUACGGACUUAUGGAUCUGGCCAUAUGUGAAGAUGCCAGCACACAGGAUUUUGGUAUAUGUAUCUGUGUGGUGGCCUCAUGCCACAUAUCUUUUCAAUAAAAAGUUGUGAUCU